AUGACCGCUUCCAUCUGGGAAGUCCUGGCCUCACUCGGCCUUGCAAACAAGCACGCCAAACUCCUUUUCCUCGGCCUCGACAAUGCCGGAAAGACAACGCUCCUGCACAUGCUCAAGAACGACCGCGUAGCCGUCCUGCAGCCCACUCUGCACCCCACAUCCGAAGAGCUCUCAAUCGGCAACGUCAAGUUCACAACCUUCGACUUGGGUGGGCACGCGCAAGCCCGGCGUCUCUGGCGCGACUACUUCCCCGAAGUAUCAGGCAUAGUCUUCCUCGUUGACGCAAAAGACCACGAGCGCCUCGCCGAAUCCAAAGCCGAGCUCGACGCGCUGCUCGCCAUGGAAGAGCUCAAGAACACGCCCUUUGUCAUACUGGGCAACAAGAUCGACCACCCGGACGCUGUUUCCGAGGACCAGCUACGUAGCGCGCUGGGUCUGUAUCAGACAACAGGUAAGGGAAAGGUGCCGCUCGAGGGCAUCAGGCCAAUUGAGGUGUUCAUGUGCAGUGUGGUUAUGAGGCAGGGGUAUGGAGAGGGGAUUAGGUGGUUGAGUCAGUAUGUUUAG